GGUUCUUAACGUGAACGGUUAGACCGGGUAAUUUCGGUUGUUUAUUCAAAUAAUAUAUAUCUAUAUAUACUUUUAAAAAUACAUUAGCUGCUGUAAAAAGACUGUUCAAUAAAUGACGAAAUGCAAAUACGAAGGGGAUUCAUAGCUUUGUUGGCAUAUAUUUGGAUAAGUACUUUGGUAAACGGUCAAACUACUCAAAACAUCAACGUUUUAUUCAUAAAUGAAGUGGAUAACGAACCAGCAACAAAAGCUGUUGAAGUUGUUCAGACAUUUCUUAAAAAGAACCCCAACUAUGGACUUUCUGUGCAAGUGGAACAAAUAGAAACCAAUCGCAGUGAUGCUAAGAUUCUUCUUGAAGCUAUAUGUUCAAAAUAUGCUGAAAGUAUUGAAAAGAAGCAAUCUCCUCAUGUUAUUUUUGAUACAACAAAAAGCGGUGUUGCAUCGGAAACGGUCAAAUCGUUCAGCCAGGCUCUUGGUCUACCAACAGUUACAUCAUCGUAUGGCCAGGAGGGAGAUUUAAGACAAUGGAGAAACAUCGACGAGAAGAAAUCAAAAUAUCUUCUCCAGGUUAUGCCACCUGCAGAUAUAAUUCCAGAGGUUAUUCGAAGUAUCGUUGAAUACAUGAACAUAACAAAUGCUGCAAUUCUGUACGAUGACACUUUCAUAAUGGACCAUAAGUAUAAAUCCUUGUUGCAGAACAUUCAAGCUCGACAUGUGAUAACCGCUAUAGCUAAGGAAGGCGAAAGAGAACAGCAAAUUGAGAAACUUCGAAACUUGGAUAUCAAUAACUUUUUUAUCCUUGGAAGCCUUCAAUCUAUUAAGAUGGUCCUUGAAUCAGUGAAACCAGAAUAUUUUGAACGGAAUUUUGCUUGGCAUGCCAUAACACAAAGUGAAGGAGAAGUUCGCAGUCAAAGAGACAAUGCUACAAUAAUGUUCUUGAAACCCGUGGCCUAUCAAAAGAAUCGUGAUCGUUUAGGGUCAUUAAGUACAACGUACAACUUAAAACAGGAACCCCAAAUUGCAUCGGCAUUCUAUUUUGAUUUGGCUUUAAGAACUUUCUUGGCAGUCAAAGAAAUGUUGCAAUCUGGAGCAUGGCCCAAGGACAUGGAAUACCUUACGUGUGAUGACUUUCAAGGAGCAAACACCCCCGAACGUAUUAUUGAUUUGAGACAAUACUUUCUUCAGGUUUCAGAGGCAACGUCUUAUGGGGUUUUUGAAUUAGUCACGCAACCUAAUUUACCAUUCAAUGGUUAUAGUUACAUGCAAUUCGAAAUGGAUAUCAGUGUUCUACAAAUUCGUGGAGGUAAUUCGGUGAAUGAAAGGUCGAUUGGCAGUUGGGUAGCUGGGCUUAAAUCAUCUCUCAAUGUGAAAGAUGAGAAGAUCAUGAAGGACUUAACAGCAGAUACAGUUUACAGGGUAUUCACGGUUGUUCAAGCUCCAUUCAUAAUGAAAGAUCCAACAGCUCCGAAAGGUUACAAAGGCUAUUGCAUUGACCUUAUCGAUGCUAUCGCCGAAAUUGUCAAAUUCGAUUACACAAUUGAAGAAGUUGAAGACGAAAAAUUCGGAAACAUGGAUGAAAAGGGUGAAUGGAAUGGAGUGGUGAAAAAAUUGAUGGAAAAGAAAGCUGACAUUGGUCUAGGCUCAAUGUCUGUGAUGGCCGAACGAGAACUAGUAAUAGAUUUCACAGUUCCAUAUUAUGAUCUUGUUGGGAUAACUAUAAUGAUGCAAAGGCCAAGCACUCCGAGUUCACUCUUUAAGUUUCUAACUGUAUUGGAAACUAAUGUAUGGUUGUGUAUUUUGGCUGCUUACUUUUUUACAAGCUUUUUAAUGUGGGUGUUUGAUCGAUGGAGCCCAUAUAGCUAUCAAAACAACCGCGAAAAAUACAAGGACGAUGACGAGAAACGAGAGUUUAAUUUGAAGGAAUGCUUAUGGUUCUGUAUGACAUCGCUGACGCCACAAGGUGGCGGUGAAGCACCGAAAAACUUGUCUGGAAGAUUGGUGGCAGCUACUUGGUGGCUUUUUGGAUUCAUUAUAAUUGCAUCCUAUACUGCCAAUUUAGCUGCUUUUUUGACCGUUUCUCGUUUGGACACUCCAGUUGAAUCCCUAGACGAUCUCGCCAAGCAAUAUAAGAUCUUGUACGCUCCAUUAAAUGGCACAUCAGCGAUGACAUACUUUCAGAGAAUGGCAGACAUUGAGCAGAUGUUCUAUGAGAUCUGGAAGGAUAUGUCCCUCAAUGAUUCUUUGACACCCCUUGAACGCUCAAAAUUAGCUGUAUGGGACUAUCCGGUUAGUGACAAAUAUACAAAAAUGUGGCAAGCUAUGCAAGAAGCUGCAUUACCAAUAUCUUUGGAAGAAGCCGUCGCAAGGGUCCGAAAUUCUACAGCUGCAACUGGAUUUGCGUUUCUGGGUGAUGCCACAGACAUUCGAUAUCUUGUCAUGACUAACUGUGAUCUUCAAGUUGUGGGUGAGGAAUUUUCUCGAAAACCGUAUGCAAUUGCUGUCCAACAAGGUUCUCACUUAAAGGAUCAAUUCAAUAAUGCAAUUUUGACACUUUUAAAUAAGCGGCAAUUGGAAAAACUUAAAGAAAAAUGGUGGAAAAAUGACGAAAUUCAGGCAAAAUGUGAAAAACCAGAAGAUCAAUCCGAUGGCAUUUCAAUUCAGAAUAUAGGAGGUGUUUUUAUUGUUAUAUUUGUGGGAAUAGGAAUGGCGUGCAUAACACUUGUUUUCGAGUAUUGGUGGUACAAAUAUCGUAAGAAUCCAAGGAUAAUUGAUGUCACUGAAGUAAAUGUAUCCGGAAAAGAGGGUGGUGUUGAUGGUAAGAACAGUGAAGGCGGUAUCAUUUUAGGACAAUCUGGCAAGGAAUAUCCGUAUGGCAAGAGCAAUGUUGCUUUAAGGCCAAGAUUCAACCAAUAUCCAAAUACCUUUAAGGCCCGUUUCUAGAGGCUGGAGUAUGAACAUGAAACGAUACAUAAUUUCGCACAAUUUUACACAGAUGGGUGGAUUUUCAACGCACAUUUUAAAAUUCUGGUUUUAUAUGUUCAGUGUUAUUUAAAUUGAAAUAAAUUGAUAUAGCAAAUCA